CCAAACACAGUUGGCAAACACCAACUGAGCCCAGCCAUUAGCCCCAGCAAAAGCCCCGACAAAACACAUUCUGCUGCACAGUGUCUCCAGCCAGAAUCUAAGCGAGCCAAUGCCAGCAAGUGACAUUUAUUUUGAGCAUAAAUCCCAAUCCAGCAACGUUAUCUUCCAUCCCUCUCUACUCUCCGAUUCCUUAGUUUAUAUAUAUGCCUCCAACCUCUGUGUGUGUGUGUCUCUCUCUCUCUUUGCCUGCUGCACGACAAGAUAACUUGCAUUCCAUGGACAACCACAGCACCCAUGGUGUCUUCUCUUCUAAGCAUGUCAAUGCCAGCCUCGCCGAGAGAAGUCAUCGGAUAAAGAUGGCGGCAGAGAUGGGGCUCGUUCGGUCCUCCCGCGGCCGUCACUGGAGCCGCGCCCUCGGCCGGCGCCUCCUACAGAGGGAAGGGAUAACUGGCUGCGGGUGCAAGAACGCAGCACUGUCGACCUCGUCAAAUGUGUUCGAGGAUUUGGGCGUCAGGGAGAUCGAGGACGACGCGGCGGAGAUCGAGACGCGGGUAAGAGCACUGCAGAGGUUGGUCCCUGGAGGAGAGGAGCUAGGCUUGGAGCGGCUGUUCGAGGAGACGGCCGACUACAUCGAGGCGCUUCAGGGGCAGGUGAGCGCGAUGAGGGCCAUGUCAUGCUUGCUUGAUGGGUUGGAGAGGGAGAAGAGGAUGAUGGGCAAAUGAGAGUUGUUCUUGAUAUGUUUCCUCUCUCUCACUCAUAUAGGAGACAUCCAUCCCUCUCUACCCACAAGUCACCAGGAGUAAUACGUUCAACCUGUGAAAUGGCUUCGUGUAUCAUGUAACAUCACAAUGCUAUAAGAAAUAAAUGAACGAAAUGAGAUGUUGAUGACGAUGA